AUGGCUGAACUCUUUGACUUCUUGGAGACGACCCACUCCGAGCAACAGCCUCUUCUGUCGACGCCGUGCCGCAAGCUUUUCGAUGAUCCGGAGCACACGCCGGCCUUCGUGAAAGCUAGCCCCCCUUCCGAAUCUACGAAUGCUUCUGGCUCACAGGCAAGCAACGACAGCCCCGACUCUAGCAAGACUGCAUCCACGAAUACGUCUUCGACGCCUGCUCCAAGUUCCCUUCGGCCCCAGGCGCCGGAGCCUGGCAAGAAGUUUGGAUUUGGCAAUGCUUUCAGGCCCUCGAACUUGCAGUUCCGAUCCAAGUCUACCGACUCCAACUUGGGUGACCAAGCCAGCCCCAGCAAGAGUGACCUCGACAUGAUGAAGAGUGAGAUCGAGCAGGCCAGGGAGCUUGUGAAAACGGAGAAGAAGACUGGCAAGGCAGCUGCUGGUGAUGGUGCUAACACGGCAAGCAAGCCCGGCCCCAUUGGGCAGCAGGCCAAGCAGGCUUUGCUGAAGAAGGCCAGCUCAUCUGAUGUGCUGGGGUUGGCAGCUGCUGUCAGCAGCUUGAAGCUGAGCCCGGCUCAGAAGUCGGCCGCCAAGAAGGGCCGUGGAAAGAAGAAGGCCAAGGAGCCGGAACCGGAGGAGGAUCUAGGAUCUCCUGAGGAGAAAGAGUCUGACGUUGAGAGCCCCGUGAGCUAUGAGCAGGUCGACAGCGACGAGGACAUCAACAAGGAGAAUCGGCUUGAGGAGGCACGCUCCGGCAAGCCGACCCGCAAGAAGAAGCAGCCCAAGACCACGAAGGACGUGAAGCCCAAGGCUCGUGGUAAAGCCCAGCCGAAGCGCAAGAGCACAGGUUCCGAGGGAUCGACCAAGGAGAAUGUGAAGACGAAGAACAAUAAAAGCAAAAGCAAGCAAGACCCGGUGGAGAAGGCCGAGAAGAAGAACAAGAAACCUUGCAUGGAGAGCUUCCUAGCAAAGGAGUGGCUUAAGUUCCGCGACGACAAGAUGAAGGAGUUGAAGGGCACCAAGCCUUACAAAGAGCUUUUGAAGGACAUCUCUGUGCUGUGGAAGACCCAGCCUGCACGCAAAGCAGCAGCCGAAGGCUUGACCAGCAUGGAGCUGAAGCGAGUCCUCAAGGAUUCCCAGGCGAUUCCUUGCCGGUGGGAGAAUGAUCAGCAAAUCGUCGUGCUCGAAGUCGCCGAGGAAGGCUCGCGACGCUUGAAAGAUACGAGCCCCAGCACCAUCCGCUCCCUCUUGGCAGAGUUUGAAUCGAAUGGAAUGGUCGAGACGACACUGAAUGGACACGACUGUGUCCGCCCGGAAGGAAGUGGCGGCGAUGUUGAUUUCUUCGAGAUCACCCCGGACGAGCAGAGCCCCCUUGUCUUCAAGUAUUCAGCCAUUCCCCAGAAGACCAUCGAUCAGGGUGGUGUCAAGUUCACCAGCCUCGCCAGCUUCUUCAAUAACCGCGAGCUCAUGUGCAACAAGAUCCUUCAUAUGUGCUGGAGGGUGUGCUAUUCGCAGGACGAUCAGGACAGACUGCUGCUGCUUUUCUUUUGA